ACCCGGAACCACCCCCACCCCGGCUCGGCCGACGCGGGCUGCGGAGGACGCGGGCCGGCCUAGAGAUGGUCUGGACCAAAGGGGCGCAGAGAUGCUGCUGGCUCCCGGCAUCCGGCCUGUGCGCCCGCGCCCAGCACCCCCACUUUGUCCUCCGCGCAGCCGGGCCCAGGCUUCUCCCGGCCCCCGCGAAGCUCGCCGCGGCCCGGGCCUCUAGAGGGCCGAGCUCGGCGCCCGGCCCCUUCCCGGCCAAGAGGCUGCACAACCCCCCAGCCGCUCCCACUCACCAUGCGCCACGGUCCCGCGAAGUCGCCCACCCCUAGAUCCCCGCCGGGUCGGCCGAGCCCGGGGCGCGCUGCGGCGGCUUUGAGUGCGAGGCCAGGCCGCGCCUCCCGCAGUACCCUCAGCGCAGCGCCCGCGAGCCUCGGGCACCUUAAAGAGACAGGCCCGCCCGCCGCCCUCCUCCCGGCUCCUUGCUCCCCGCCCCUGCUCCCCUCUUCCCCUCCGCCCCCGCUGGGGUCCACAGCCGCCAGCUCCCGCCAGGAGGCGUCUCUCACUCCCCCGGCGCUCCUGUCAGCGCGCACGCCCCCAUCUCGGCCCCGCCCACUCCCCCGCCCAUCCCAACGCCACGCCCCCUCCGCGCCACCCGGUUUCGCCCCUCCCUCGUGCCACGCCUCCACCGCAGGCUCCCGCCCGCCCGCCGGCCCACAGGCCACGCCCCCAGGCGCACCCACCCCAGCUGCUCAGCGCGAUUUCCCUUCGCGCUUCUCCGCACCGGGAUCCCCAGUCCCUCAGGUUCCGACAGACCUUCCUGUCAGGCCCAUUCUCCGGGCCCCCUCAGUUGCAGUGUUAAGAUCAACAGUGUUAAGAUUAAAGCCUUGUGAUGUGCUAGCCACUACGCUGAGGAUAUGCCGUGUACUAAAAUUCCUCAGGACUCCUCACAGCUGCCCUGUAAGGAAGCGGCCAUGGCCGGGUUCUAGCGAUGCGAGGCCGAGGCUCGGGGCGCUGAGUAGCCUAGCGCGUCGCCGAGGAGAGCUGGCACGUGAACCCCUUGUCGUUUGCCGUCAGAGGUGUUAUGUGGUGGCCCUCAUUCUCCAUGCAUGGAGCAGACUCUAGGAUCUGCAGUUACUGUAUGAUGAGCCCUUCUGAGUAUUUUGCUUGGGUGGACAGUUUAUGUGUCAGGUAUGUGUAUUUAUAAUUAAAAUCAAAUAUUAUUACAUAGGCUUUGCACCUGGCGAGGUAACAUUGAGAGUAGUUAAUCUCUACACUGGAAUCCAUCUGGAAGACCACUCAAUAACUUGUGAUUAGCUGGACCUGGUGGUGCAAGCCUGGAGUCCCAGUUACCCGGAGGCUGAGGUGGGAAUAUCGCUUGAGACCAGGAGUUUGAGGCUACAGCGAGCUGUGAUUGUACCACUGCACUCCAGCCUGGGUGACAGUGCAAGACCUCAUCUCUUAAAAAAAACAAACAAUUCAAAAAACCUCAUCAUUGAGCACCUAUGAUGUGCCAGCAACUGUACUCAGUGGUGGGGACUUGACGACAAACAAACCAGGGAUGGGAUCCUUGAGCAGUCACCAUCUGACAAGUGACUGGGAAAGAUGAAUAAAGCCCUUCACCAAGAUUCUUCUCUGAUCCACAAAUUCAAUUACCAAUUUAUUUGUUCACUGCUCUUAAACUUAAAUAUUUUUUAGUAGGUAAUAAAGACAUGUUUAAACACUCUUGACUUUUAACAAUUUCUUUGUAAGUACUGUAAUAGUCUUCUUUUCCUUUAAAAAGAAAAAAUACAAAAAGAAGGAAAAGGAAAAUCUAUUCAAAAUAAAGUAUUCCAGAUAUCUGACAUUGCUGCAUUGCUGUAUCAUUCAUUAACAUUCACAAAAAAUAAAAUGAGUACCUUCCAUGUGUGUGCAGGCAUUGUUCUAGGCAAAGAAGAUUUAGCAUUAAACCAAAACUUCUGUUCUCAUGGAACCUACCUACUAGCAGAUCCAAGCCAUGGUAGUUUGUUCAAGAACCUUCAGCUCUUUUCUGCUUUGUUGUCAAAGGCUUCUAAAAUUGGAUCCCCUCCUCCUUAGUUCUUCCUGACCCCUGACAGGGAUCCUGUGCUUCAGUCAGCCUCCAAUCCCAACCACCACCACCAACAAAAUCACAAGAAGACACCUAGGCUAUUAUUCUUAACCUGUUUCCCAGUUUCUAUUUGUUAACCCCCUCUGGAUUAGGCAUUGUUGUCUUUGAUCUUGACAUGUGCCUCUAUGUGGAGAGAGUAUUUUUGCUCACCAAAUUUUUACUCAUUAAACUUUACUGGUGCUAUGCUUGCUAACUUAUUUCAGAUAAUUAGAGGUUUUGGAUGCUUUCUCUAGGACAAACUGUUCCUUUCCCCAUCCUCAGCCUUCCAUGCUGUUAAUGUACAAAAUCAGAUGAUUUAAACAUAAAUCAUCUUGAACUCUAGAAUGACCUGGUCCCCUUAGCGAAAAACUAUGGGAUUCAACACUACUCCUCAGUGAUGAUGGUAAGGCUAUGUAGGCAGUUGUUUAACCAUUAUCCCCAGGUGCCCUCACCCACAGCCAGCCUGCUCAAAGGACUAUUUCCCAUUCCAAUAAUAAUGACAGAGCUAGGAGGGAGGCCAUGACUAAUAAAGACAUAUAAGAUGUUACUGCAAAUUCUUUUUUCUAUCCAUAUGAAUUAUAAACUAAAAAAUAUUGACAAAUAUCAGCAAUUACAUCAAAAGAAGAAGGUGGUUGUCAAAAAUAAAAACCAUUGUUAUGUUUUAUACAUGUUAGUGAAGUCCACAGGAAAUACAUUAAUUUGGUGGGUGUAAAAUUGGAAGAAUUUUGAAAAAUGUAUGCAGUGGUGUAACCACAAACACAAUCAUGAUAUUUCCAUCCCUCCAGAGUUGCCUUAUGUUCCUCCUCCCAAUCUGUUUCCUGUCAACUAAUUAUCUGCUUUCUGUCACUGUAAUAUUGCCUGUUCUAGGAAAUUAGAUGAGUGGAAUUUUCUAUUAUGUGGUCUUUUGAGUCUGACUUCUUUCACUAAUUAUACUGACUUUGAGAUUUAUCCAUGUUGUUGCAUGUAUCAGUAAUUCAUUCAUUUUCAUUGCUAAGUGGUAUUGUAUGAAUACAGUUUAUUUAUCUGUUCAUCAGUUGAUGGAUGUUUGGGUUCAUUCCAAUUUUUAACUAUUAUAAAUAAAGUUGCUAUAAACAAUAUGCAAGUCCUUAUGUUAACAUAAGUUUUCCUUUCUUCUGGGUAAAUUUCCUGGAGUAGAAAUGCUGGGUCAUAUGGUAAGUAUAUGUUUAAUAUUGUAAGAAACUGUCAAUGAAUUUCCAAAGUGACUGCACCAUUUUACAUUUUAUCAGCAAUGUAUGAGCGUUCCAGUUGCUCCACACUCUCACUGAUGGUUGGUAUUUUCAGUCUUCUUAAUUUUAACCAUUCUAGUGGGUGUAUAGUGGUAUGUCAUUAUGAUUUUAAUUUGCAUUUCCCUAAUGACCAAUGAUGUUGAGCAUCUUUUUAUGUGCUUGUUUGCCAUGUAUACAUCUUUUUAGGUAAAGUAUGUUCAAAUUUUGGCCCAUUUAUUGGUUUUUGUAGUUAUAAGAAUUUAUGUAUUCUGGAAUCAAGUAUUUUAUCAGAUACAUGUUUUAUAAAUAUUUUCUCCCAG